CAUAUCAAUAUUAUUGCCAAACUUUUUCGAUCUUUUCGAAAGUUUUCUUAAAGGAAUGUUGCUUAGUUUUAUAUUGUUUAUAUUCAUCUAACCUUAAAAAUGGAAUUGGCUUCCUUACUUAGAAAUUAUAUUGCUUCCAAAAAACUUUCGAAUGACCCAGCUGAAGAUGAAAAUGAAAUGGAAAGGAGAGAGGAUCAGCAUUUUCAAGCAGUUUAUGGAAAGUGGAAAGGUGCAGAUGCUAAAGAUACAGACAUAACUUAUAAAGUGAUACCUAAAUUUUAUUUUAAGAUUCCCAAAGAAAAUGAAAUAUUGCCACAAAAGCUUAGAGAAGAAACAAGAGCACUAUUUUUACAAAGGCGUUCCAGACAAUUAUUAGAUAAUAAUGAAUUGAAAGCAUUAUGGGUGCUACUCGAUGAACAUCACAGUCCUCCCAUAUCCGGAGAUGAGCAAUUAAUCAAUUACGAAGACUUUAAAAAAGUUGGCAAACUUGCUGGUGCAAAAUAUAACCUGUAUUUUACUGCUGUUGUUUUUGCCAAAUUACAGCAGGGAGAUCCACGUGGAAGAAUUAGCAUUAUGGCACUUUUUAAUUAUGUCAUGAGGAAAGUGUGGCUGCAUCAGACUCGAAUAGGACUGUCGUUAUAUGAUGUUACAGGACAAGGUUAUCUUCGCGAAUCGGAUUUAGAAAAUUAUAUUUUGGAAUUAAUUCCGUCGCUUCCUCAGCUCGAAGGACUGGAAAAAUCAUUUCACUCGUUUUAUGUUUGUACCGCAGUUAGAAAGUUUCUUUUUUUCUUGGAUCCUCUUAGGACUGGAAGAGUACGUAUACAAGAUAUUUUAGCAUGCAGUUUUUUAGAUGAUCUUUUGGAACUACGCGAUGAAGAUUUACCAAAAGAUCAUCAAGAAGCGAAUUGGUUUUCAGCGCCGUCUGCACUGAAAGUAUAUGGUCAAUAUUUAAAUCUUGAUAAAGAUCACAAUGGCAUGCUUAAUAAGGAAGAAUUAUCUGGAUAUGGAACUGGUACAUUAACUGGAGUUUUUCUUGAAAGAGUUUUUCAAGAAUGUCUAACUUACGAAGGAGAAAUGGAUUACAAAACAUAUCUUGACUUUGUACUUGCAUUAGACAAUCGUCACGAACCCCAAAGUUUACAUUACUUAUUUCGAAUUUUAGAUAUUAAUAAUCGAGGUUAUCUGGAUAUAUUUUGUCUGAAUUAUUUUUUCAGGGCAAUUCAAGAGCAAAUGACUAUGCUUGGACAAGAACCUGUAAGUUUUGAAGAUGUAAAAGAUGAAAUAUUUGAUAUGGUGAAACCAUCAGAUCCAUAUAAAAUUACACUACAAGAUCUUUUAUCUUGUGGUAAAGGUGAUACUAUGGUUAGUAUUUUAAUUGAAUUUCAUUGUUUUUGGGCAUAUGAAAACCGGGAAGCAAUGGCAAUAGAUAGUGGAGAUGAAUCAUCUCAUGUAUGACAACUGUGAUUUUAUUAUUAGUUAUAAUAAUUUCAUAAUUUAUUUUUUUAUAAUGCAAUAUAU